AUGCUGGUGUAUCCGCUGCUAACCCGCGAGGCCUGUCCCCUGGCAACAAAACCCGGCGCCUGUCCUUCUCGCGGGGCAACCAGGGUGGCUCUGGGGACCCCACGGAGCCCUGUGGCCGAGAGCCGGGGACCCCAGGAUGGGAGGGCGGAGCCUCAGGUCCCGAGGGUGUGGCCGCACGGACGCCGUCCUCUGCUCUUCCACACAGUGUUCCUCUCGGCCUCGAGCGCCCACGCCGUCCUGGCGAGGGGGCGGCGUGCGGGCACCUUCCUGCUGGAGGAGCUCUUCCAGGGAAACCUGGAGAAGGAGUGCUUCGAGGAAGUCUGCGUCUACGAGGAAGCCAGAGAAGUGUUUGAAGACGGAGCAGCCACGGAGGGAUUCUGGCAGGUGUAUGGGGGCGGCUCCCCGUGCGUGUCCCAGCCCUGCCUCCACAACGGGUCGUGCCAGGACCACAUCCGCGGCUUCACCUGCACCUGCAGCCCCGGCUACGAGGGCAGGACUUGUGCCCUGGCUAAGAAUGAAUGUCACCCAGAGCGGACGGACGGGUGCCAACACUUCUGCCUCCCGGGACAGGAGUCAUACACGUGCAGCUGUGCACAGGGCCACCGGCUGGACAAGGACCGUCGAGGCUGCGUCCCCCACGACCCGUGCGCCUGUGGGGUCCUGCCUGUCCAGCGCGCCCCCGCCCCGGGGAGGAGUGAGCAGAGCCCACCUGAGCUCCCAUGGCAGGUGAAACUGACAAAUUCCGAAGGAGAAGACUUCUGUGGCGGGGUCAUAAUACAGGAAAAUUUUGUGCUGACAACGGCCAGAUGUUCACUAUUACACCGCAAUAUUAGAGUGAAAACAAGUUUUAACAGAACCAGUGAGGACCCACGGGCCAUCGGCGUCAAGCGCGUGCACGUGCACCUGUGGUAUGACCAAGAGACAGGGGACAACGACGUGGCACUGCUGGAGCUGGCGGGGCCCGUCCCCUGCCCGGGUGCAGGGGCCCCUGUGUGCACCCCCGAGACGGACUUCGCUGAACACGUGCUCGUCCCGCGAACAGGCGGCCUCCUCAGCGGCUGGGUCACAGGCGGCGCCCGCCUGGGCACCUCUCUGGCCACACUGCCUGUCACACACGUGGACGGCGCGGAGUGUGGACAGGUCCUCAACAUGACCGUCACCACUAGGAUGUCCUGUGAGAGGGGGGCCAUGGCAGCCGGGCACUGGGCAGAGGGCAGCGUGGUGACCAGGCAGCACGGGGGCACCUGGUUCCUCACGGGGGUUGUGGGCUCGCAGCCGGCAGGAGGCAGGACUGCCACGUUCCUUGUCACCAAGCUCUCGAGGUACUCCCUGUGGCUUAGGCGGGUCCUGAAGUAGCCGGAGCCCAGCCAGCCGGAGGGGACCGGACCCCGGUGGGAUUCCAGGCCUCCAUGGCCACCGUGGGGGUGUCAGAACGUCAGAUAGUUAAAGCUGUCAUGGCACAGAGCAACCGGCCACCCCAGAACGCCAGUUCCCGCUCACUAGGUGUUACUGAGGGCUGCGAUAGUUCCUGAGCCAGAACUUUGUCGAAACAGAGACCUCAGAGAAAAAUGGCACAUUACACAAUAAAAUGCUCUGCCAGUCGUG